UGGCUUGGCGCCUCGGCAUCGAUAGUCUCGCCUGCCAAUCUGGCAACUAUUCGUGGGGUUCGGAACCGUCGAGAUCGAGCUUUAUUAUGGUACGAGUAGAGGACCCAACGGUUUCCGGCGAGAUGGCGGACAGCUUCCAAAAGUUAGCCAGGAGUCAGGGCGCUCAGAGACAGGGAAGCACCAGAUGGACUUGGAAUGGAGGAAACCAUUCCAGAAACGGGAGGGGUGGAACAGAGGAGGGAGGGCCGUCUGGGGGAAAGGAGGCUCCCUUCCCUUGGAUGCCAGCAAUUGUGAGCGAUCAAUGGAGACAGCCCGGAAACACGAGGGCAGCAGGCACAGCACAGCGCAGCGCUCGCAGCUCGCAGCAGAUCCAUUGUUGAUUGCUCGAGUACAGCCCGAUUCAUCGGGUUCGCUCAGUACCACCACCGGACCCUCCUAAUUGAUGACCCUCUUUUCUCAUUUUUUUUCAUUUUUUUUAGCAAGAUUUUGAUUCGCUUCCCCGAUUCUCGGCCCAUCGUUCUACGGUAUUGCGGCCUCGAAGCUUGAAGGGAGGAGAGUGAAGAGGGAAAAAGGAGGUCAUCCGUACCGGGCAAACCUGAUAUCGGCACCGCAAUAGUGCUGCUGCUCCUGCAAUAUACAACUGACCGUGUGAAUAUCGAGAAUCAACCAUCCGGUCUCAAACAAUCGAGACCGUACGGGAAAAGUCACUUGAUUUGGAAAAAUUAAUCAUAUUCGCCUUACGCGCAAAGGGGUGGACGCAAUUAGAACUCCAUUCUCCCUUCAUCACCAAUUGCACUGGAUGGGGCGAGCACAACAGCCAAAGCUAUCAGCAGCAAGCAUCAAUCAGCAACGAAAGACCCCUUUGGAAUCUAAACCCCCCCACCGAGGAGGAGUGAGAGGAAGCAGGUGGAAAAAGAAAAAAGAAAGGAAAAGAAAAGAAAAAACAACGCAAAGCCAGCAAGUAGGAGCAUAAACAUCUUACACACACGGCUCAAUCCCUUACUGCUCACUGCUCCUGCUUCUACGCCUACCGCUUGGAGGGAGGGAAAAAAAACAUUUCUCUGCACAACUGACUUACCGAAGCACCGCAACACAGCAGAUGCGACUACAAUAGGCAGCCUCACAUUUUUUUUCCGGUACCCCAUUGCACCAGAAGAGAGAGAAAUAGCUAUUCCCGCCCCUAAACUUUGUACCGUACGGUACUCCAUUCCGUACCCUCAUUCGUCCCUGUUCCCCGUUCCCCGUCUCGGUUUUGAAUCCGCCUGCUCCCACGCUGCUUGCCUGGACAAUCCAGCUGCAGAACGCAACCACCACAACUUCCUACACCAAUCCCAAGAAUAUUACCCCCAUACCACCUGCAUCUCCACACAGGCACCACACCCUCUUAGUCCUUCCGCUUUGUCUUAUCGGCUUUUGCUACCGCACAGCUUCCAAUAUUACUCUCGCUUCCCUCUGGCCGACUAGAUCUCAAAACACGCGGUCUGUCGAGAUAUACAACGGCGUGGCCCCUGCCCUACGGUCAACUCUCGAUCGCAACUGCGAGCAGCAAUCUCUUUACCUUAGAACACUAGGUAUAAACCCCGAAGGCAUAGGUGGAAAAGCCCCUCAUACACUCGUUUGUCACUCAAUCGUCGUUCGCUAGCUAGAAUAUUUACCAACGAUCUGGAGAGUCAGGGCACGCAAUCAGAGGACCCAAACCUCCAACGAGAUAUCAUAAGCUGUUUUUCAACUUAUAUUACGAGAGGCCUUCCUCUUGCGCACAGCCUUAACUCUGGCUAACUACGAAGCCAACUAUGAGUCCUCGAUCUCGACCGGUCAGCCGGAGUCUCAAAUAAACAUCGAUCUCCAUACCAAUUCAAGAUCCCAUCGACAUAGGAGGGCCAUGCCAACUCUACCUACUCAACAACAACCUCUUCCUUCUUCCCAUUCCUGCCUGAAACAUCAGCAGCAGUACCGCCAACAGUUGUUAGUGAGGCCAGCAACAACUUCCACGGGAAUCCUUACGCCUUCAUCAAUGUCAGAUCACCCCCAGAACUCACGAAGAAAGCCCCCGGAGGAAUCAAACACCCUAGGACAUCACCACAAGGGCGCUAUGAAUACGGCACAGCCUGCCCAUAUGCCGCGUACCGGUGAUGCCGCUGUACAACGAAGGAAGCAGUCCAUGGAGGAGAUGUCCGGUGGAAGAGUGAUGGGAGGUUCCGGUUUUGCAAAUCAAGAAUUCCUUUCUACGAAUCCAAAUAUUGACAGCGGCUUUGACAGCAGUGACCCGGAUGUUGGAAUGGGCCUGCCACCCUCCGAAGAGAAGGAAGGUGAUGUUAUGCUCGGAGAAUGGAGGAUGGCGAUAGGAUCUUUGGGAGUUCCUGGAGGGAGCGCGGGUUCUGCUCCUGAAGGAGAGCCCGGAGUUUUACCGCCUGCUGUGGAUGUUGAGAGCUCUGGUGCUGGAAGUGGAGAGGCCGGAAAUACGUAUCGCGAGACACCAGAGGAUUGGUUUAAUACACUUAAUCAAAACGUUAGCGCUAACAACUACUCCACAUACGAUGGUAAGUGCUGCUCGUGAGCCUUUUGAUCGCAGACUUGGAUGUUGUGCAAGCUUGUGCAGGAGACGGCUGACGCUAUGGACGGCCACAGAUGAAUUACCUUACUUUAUCUCCAAUGCGACUCGGAGAAAGUGCUUGCCCUCUGGGGUUUCUAAUUGCUCCCGCGCCAGGUUUAGCCAUCGUGCUCCCGGGCUUGGCCUUGAUCGUAAAAGAGUUUAUGGGGGCUCAGGGGCAUUGGACAGCACGGAAGAGAGUAAUAGCGAUAGUUUCAGAAGUGUAAUCGAUGAUUUAACUAUAAAAAGUACUGAUCUAUCUUUGAACCUUAUUACUACUAGUAUGCAUGCUGAAGGAUACCAGAUCAAAAACUCAAGAAGCGUCUGAAGAAGCUUGAGGGCCUUCAAGGCGGUAAUCUGCAAGAUGAAAAGUUGUUUGAAGUCCGAAUACAUGGGCUGCCGUUGUAUGUUUUUUUUUUCUGAUAGUGAUGAUAUAAUCGACAAACCACUGAUACCGAUGAAUCCCGGAAACACAGAUACAAGAAACAGGAACUUGAGAAGCUCCUCCAAGACUUUGCUUCCACCCUCGGUAACAAUGGUGGUGGGGGCUCCACUGGCUCGAAGGCCGACCGGCUCAUGACACCCCCGAGCCGGACAAACCCAUCCUCUCGCAAUGCAGACUCUGCUUACGCGUCGAAUCCACGAUCGGGCAGUGGGUCUGUUGUCCCGUCUCAGCCCAAGCCCAGAAGUGUUGCUACGCCUAUGUCUACAUCGUCGAGCGAUAAGGCGCCGAGCCACAUGCGAAGCAUGCCUUUGCCAGUAGUUACCGAGAAGCACAAGAUGAAGGAAGUCGUCCGGAGGCUUGAGCAACUUUUCACAGGUUUCAAGUCGAGCAAAAUGCCGAGUCCAAUGGAUUAUCAGAAGGAAGAUCGCGAGCUGGGGAGAGAUAUUCCCGAGGAGGGUGCGCGAGAAGCUCCAAUAAUGUCUCCUUCUCAUGACGAUCGGAUCGCUGAAUUCAGUGAUCCCAUAGCUGGCUCGCAUCGGAGGCCUUUGGAAGUCCCGGUCCCUGACCAACGCCCUACGAGGCUCACUGACUUGGACCCCUUCCGCCAGGCGCCGGAGGAGAACCUUGAGUAUCUGGUCAGCCUAACUACAUCUAGUUCUAAGGAUAACACCAAACUCGAAGGACUAGGCGAUGGCUGGUUCUAUUUAAACUUGGUCGCGGGUCUGGCGCAGCUGCACACAGUUAACGUUACCGUCCCAUUCGUGAAGAAGGCGAUUACCACCGUUAGUCAGAAGCUUGAGCUAUCGCCCGACGGCAGGAUGGUGAGGUGGAAGGGUGGGUACGAGGGAACAAAGUUGAGCUGUGGCAGUAGUUCGGGGGGUGCCACGAGUGCAGGGAUGUCGAGUGAUGGAAGUCCUGACGGGUGGUCCAAGAGUUCGCCCGAGAGCAAGGGCAUGAUCUCUCUGGAUCCCCCGUCUGGGUCUGGAAGGUCCUCAAGGAGGUUGCCUCUUACCGCGCCUCCCAGCGUAGAGGAUAAGUUUCAUUACAAGCCUCUUUUUGCUCGAUCCGGCUCUUUCGACGAUGAUUCUUCGAGCGCUAUGAGCACUUCCCUCGGCUCGUAUGAUUUGCUUAAGCGCGCGAGCUCGGAUGAAGGCACCGGGCAGUCCGGAAGCAGUGGUAAGAGGAAGGGUCUUUCCCUCGACGGGCCGAUCAUCUACUACGAGGGCGCCAAAUUUUGCACCGAUCUUAGUGCUCAAAAGGUUGAUGCGGAGGGACAUGUGGUAUCGAAACAUGGGUACGAUAGGUUCACGAAUAACCCGAUUGGUGAGACCCAACCCGAACCCCAGAGCCCGACAAAGUUGGAGAGUCCAUUGUUUGCGAGAGCGCAGACUGCUCAGUCUUCGGAUGAGCCUAUGGAGGACGGAGACAGCGAUGUUGGUCUUCAGUUUUCCCCAAGAUUCUCUUCAUCUUCUAGUCCUACGGUUCCACCGACUCCUAUUGAAUUGGAGGUUUCGGGGAUCGGCGGGGUAUUCCCAGAGGACAAUUUCGCUAUCAAUGUUCAAACGAAGCAUUAUCUACUUCCCCAAAAUUCGAAGGGAGCUUUGCCGCUUUCCCGGGCUAAUGCGUCAAAGUCGAGGAUCUUGAAUCUGAUUGGGCAUCACAUUCCCAAGUCCUCGAUUGACGCUUUCCAGAAGAACGAGCCCAUGGGAGAUGAUUCUGAAGAGGAGUCCGAGUGUGGAUCCGAGGAAGGGUCCAUGGAGGAAGAAUCUGGCUCGGGAGAGGACUCUGGAGGGGAAUCAGGGGUGGAAGAUUCCGAGGAUGAGCCAUCCGAACCAUCUUCCAAGGCCGAAAAGCAGCGCCUAGUUUUCCUCGGCCACAAGUUCCUCCGCCCAGUGAUCCUCUCGGCCAAAACCCUCAAGCUACCGCCCUCACAACUACCCCCAGCAAGCUGCCUCUUUUUCCCACAAUCCGACGAGACCUCCUCUGUGGGCAGUGACUCUGGCUCCGGCGCAGAACCGCAAUCGUCCAGUUCGGAUGAAUACUUUCGACGGGUGUCCAACCUGAGGAACAACGUCGACAUCUACGGCAAUUCCGGCGACGAGGACUUUGGCACCGACAUCCUUGCCGCAAGCGGGAUGCGCAUUUAUAGGCCCGUGGGGCCCGGUGGUGGUGCCGGGGACGUCGGAUCAUCCGCCGCCACGGCAGGAGACGCAAGUGGGCCAUCCAGCCCCGCCAGCGGUGUCGUCGACAGACUUGGCAUGAUGACCGAGCCCCCAAAGAUGAACCUGUUUGGGGCGGGCGAUACCUGGGACGACUGUGGCGAUAGCGGGGGCAUCCUCUCUUCCUUUACCAGCGAUGAGCAAUUUGGAUUACAUCCCGAUAACAGGCAGAACCUCAAGCGGGGAAGGGCUUCGGGGACCUCGUCCGAGAGCGCCAUACCAGUAGUGAAGAAGUCGCAGAAGAAGGAUAGGGGCAUGAUUGGCGACAUGUACUAGUGUAUUUAUCCAUUUGUCCCUUGUGUUUUUUUUAUUUUUUGACGAUGGCGAAGGGCUUGAGAUGUUCUUGGGCUAUUUUUCAUUUCCAUUUUCACCUCAUUCCUUCUGUUAUUCUGAUUGCCCAGCUUGUUAUGUUGGCAUUCUCCGUUGAAAAGUGGGACUUUUUUUUUCUUUUUCCUUUAUUUCUUUCUCAACUCAUGAGGUGGUUUUUCAUUACCGGAGCUCGGGGAGUUUUUUUUUUUCUUUGUUUCAAUAUCUCCAUUAGUGAUACCAGCCUUUCCGUUUCCGUGUUUUUUUUGUUUCGAAUCGGGAGUCGUUUUCUACUACAGAUUUAUACAAAAGAUUGGCUUGUCUUACUGUUACUGUUAUCUUUACUUUUACGUUUUAUUCCAAUAUUCAGUGUAGAUGGUAGGGUUCUUCUUUUCUCCUGUUUUCUUUACGAAAUUUCUAGCCUUCUCUCUAUA